AUGUCGAACGACCCCAACCUCCCUUCCAGUAUCCCGGAAUUCAUAGCAAAAUACAAGGAAAAUUACGUUGAAGGAUGGGCUGAGCUCUGGAAUAAGAGUGGGGGUAAACCUCUCCCCUUUGACAGAGGAUUUCCCAACCCAGCAUUGGAGGAUACGUUGAUCGAGAAGCGCGAUAUCAUCGGUGACCCCAUUGGCCGAGGUGCGCAGGGCAACACCUACAGGAAGAAGGCGUUAGUCCCGGGGUGCGGAAGAGGUGUCGAUGUACUUCUCCUGGCCAGUUUCGGGUAUGACGCCUAUGGCCUGGAAUAUAGCGCUACUGCCGUUGAGGUGUGUAAAGAGGAACAGGCGAAGAAUGGGGAUAAGUAUCCCGUACGAGAUGCGGAGAUUGGGCAAGGCAAAAUCACAUUCGUGCAGGGUGAUUUCUUCAAGGAUACUUGGCUGGAGAAACUGCAAUUGCCUCGGAAUUCGUUCGAUUUGAUCUACGACUACACGUUCUUUUGCGCCUUGGACCCAUCAAUGCGUCCGCAAUGGGCGCUCAGGCACACCCAGCUUCUGGCAGAUUCGCCGCGUGGGCAUCUCAUUUGCCUUGAGUUUCCAAGGCACAAGGAUACGUCACUACAGGGCCCUCCAUGA